GGGGGCCAACCAGUUCUGCGGCACCUGUUCGCGCACAGGGGGUGGGCUCUCGCGCUCGGGAGGCGGCGGCGUCCUCGUAAAGGGUCGGGGAGUUUCGGAGGCACACAGCAAUGUUUGGAGUAGCAACGGCGGCGCGAGGGCCCCUGUAGGUGGCUCGUGCCUCACGCCCAGCAGCUGUAGCAGGAGUGUGCAUUGCUUGGAAGGAUUAAAGGGGAAAAAAUGUUUUCCUUGAAGGAUGCUGUGAUGGGUGCCUCCACUUUCUUUGCUUCAGCUCUGCCACACGAUGUCUGUGGAAGCAAUGGUCUUCCUCUGACGCCAAACUCCAUUAAAAUUUUGGGCCGUUUUCAAAUCCUUAAGACAAUCACCCAUCCCAGACUUUGUCAGUAUGUGGACAUUUCUAGAGGAAAGCAUGAGAGGCUGGUGGUGACUGCUGAACACUGUGAAAAGAGUCUGGAAGAUUUGCUGCGAGAGAGGAAACCUGUGAGCUUUUCAAGGAUUUUACGCAUAGCAUUUGAGGUAUUGCAGGGUUUGCAAUAUAUGAACAAACAUGGAAUGGUCCACCGAGCACUCUCCCCUCACAAUAUCCUCCUGGAUCGAGAGGGACAUAUUAAAUUGGCUAAGUUUGGACUAUACCACAUGACAGCUCAUGGUGUUGAUGUUGAUUUUCCUAUAGGGUACCCAUCAUACCUGGCACCUGAAGUAAUUGCACAGGGAUUUGUCAAACCUAGUGAUCACACUCAAUGUGAGAAGCUGCUGCCCUCUGGCCCUAAAUCAGAUGUGUGGUCUCUUGGUAUUAUUUUAUUUGAGCUUUGUGUGGGUAGAAAACUGUUCCAGAGCUUGGAUAUAGCUGAAAAACUAAAACUUCUGCUUACAUUAGGCUGUGUGGAUGACAUUGUAACCGUAUUAGCUGAAGAACAUGGUUGUCUGGACAUUAUUAAGGACCUUCCUGAAAAUGCCAUAGCUCUGCUGAAGAAAUUCCUUACAUUUCAACCUUCCAAAAGGCCAACUCCAGACCAGUUACUGUGUGACAAUGUGUUCAGUGAAGUGGCCUCUGUAUACCCACCCUUCCACAAACCUGCCAGUCUGUUCUCCUCCUCUCUGAGAUGUGCUAAUUUAACUCUUCCAGAGGACAUCACUCAGCUGUGUAAAGGUAAAAAUGAAGACUGUGAUUACCUAGCAGAAAGAUCGAUUGAGGAGGUAUAUUAUCUCUGGUGUUUGGCUGGAGGAGACUUGGAGAAAGAACUUGUUAACAAGGAAAUCAUUCGAUCAAAACCACCCAUCUGCACGCUCCCCAACUUUUUGUUUGAAGAUGGUGAGAGCUUUGGGCAAGGACGAGAUAGAAGUUCCCUCCUAGAUGACACAACUGUGAUACUGUCGCUGUGUCAGCUCAGAAAUAGACUGAAAGAUGUUGGUGGGGAAGCAUUUUAUCCAUUGCUUGAGGAUGAGCAGUCAAAUUUACCCCAUUCAAACAGUAAUAAUGAGCUAUCUGCAGCGGCCAAUCUUCCUCUGAUCAUCCGAGAGAGGGACACAGAGUACCAGCUACACAGAAUUGUUCUGUUUGACAGGCUACUGAAGGCUUAUCCAUACAAAAAAAAUCAAGUCUGGAAGGAAGCCAGAGUUGACAUACCUCCACUUAUGAGAGGUUUAACCUGGGCUGCCCUGCUGGGGGUUGAGGGUGCCAUUCAAACAAAAUAUGAUGCCAUUGAUAAGGACACUCCAAUUCCUACAGAUAGACAAAUUGAGGUUGAUAUUCCUCGCUGUCAUCAGUACGAUGAGCUGCUGUCAUCGCCAGAGGGUCAUGCAAAGUUUAGACGGGUAUUGAAGGCCUGGGUAGUUUCCCAUCCUGAUCUUGUGUACUGGCAAGGUCUUGAUUCACUUUGUGCACCAUUUCUGUACUUGAAUUUUAACAAUGAAGCUCUUGCCUAUGCCUGCAUGUCUGCUUUUAUUCCCAAGUACCUGUAUAACUUCUUUUUGAAGGAUAAUUCUCAUGUCAUUCAAGAAUACCUGACAGUGUUCUCCCAGAUGAUUGCAUUCCAUGACCCAGAGCUGAGUAACCAUCUCAAUGAAAUUGGCUUUAUUCCAGAUCUGUAUGCUAUUCCUUGGUUUCUCACUAUGUUUACACAUGUCUUUCCACUGCACAAGAUUUUUCAUCUGUGGGAUACAUUACUGCUUGGCAAUUCUUCCUUCCCAUUCUGUAUUGGAGUGGCUAUUCUGCAGCAACUGCGGGACCGGCUUCUGGCUAAUGGAUUCAAUGAAUGCAUUUUGCUCUUUUCAGAUUUACCAGAAAUCGACAUUGAACGUUGCGUCCGUGAGUCAGUCAACCUUUUUUGCUGGACCCCUAAGAGUGCGACAUACAGGCAACAUGCACAGCCUCCAAAGCAAGCCAGUGACUGCAACGGCUCAAGAAGUUCAAUGUCCUGCUUCACAGCAGAUUAUCAGGAUGCACCUAAAAGUGACCUGUCUAGGGACUCUAUCCAGUUGAAUGACCUGAAGGCGGAAGUGUCGCCACGGAUUUCAGCAGAAGAUCUGAUUGACUUGUGUGAGCUGACGGGACCUAGUCACUUCAAAACGCCUACAAAGAAAACCAAAUCUAGCAAGCCAAAACUGCUUGUAGUUGACAUCCGUAAUAGCGAAGACUUUAAUCGUGGCCACAUUUCAGGCAGCAUCAACAUUCCAUUUGGCUCAGCAUUCACCACGGAAAGAGAGCUCGUCCAGUGCCCUGCUACUGCCACGCUCCAGAGCUUCAAAGGAAGAGUUGUUGUGAUUGUAGGACAUGUGGUGAAGAACACGGCUUCUUUUGCAGCUCAUCUAGUGCAAAUCAAAUAUCCAAGAGUCUGCAUUCUGGAUGGAGGCAUAAACAAGAUCAAGCCAACUGGUCUUCUGACAGUUCCUUCUCCACAGAUAUAAGCAACUACAAAUUUUGAGAGAAUUUAAAGUUAAAGGGUUCUGUCGACUGUGUGUGAGCAUCAUAAACCGUAAGGGCAUUAUGACAUCUGCGGUAUACAGAAAUCCAAAUGAUCAGUGUCUUUCCAUGGGAUCUGGAGUGAAGGAGCUUUGAUUUUAUCAUUUGACAUGGAACUUCAGUUGGACUGGAUGAAAAAUGUGAAGCUUUAAAUCUUGCAAGGGACUUCCUUCAGCAGCAAUGAAAUCUGCAUCAAGCAUUGUCAGGUUCCAGUAUAAAAGAAGUGUAGCUAAGGUGCUCAGAAGGAUGGGUGGCAAAGGGGAGAGAAUGCCUUUUGGAAGGUAGGGCUCCACGACUAGUAUCAUCUAGGACUCAUUUGAACCUUAAGGCCUAGGAAGUUUUCCCUGUUUCUUUUUCCAGAUCCAGACUAACAUGGCUACCCCUCUGAUACUGGAUAAGACAAAUUAUUGUCAGAAGGUGUGAUUGUUUUAUAUGCUGGAAGAGAGGAUGAUGCACACCGGGAAUAUGUAGGCUUAUUAUUGAGCAAGAAAGCUACUAAAGCACUGAAAGAAUGGAAACCUGUAAACUCAAGAAUAACGACUACUCACUUUGUGACGAACCUCACAAAAGUCACAGUUGUUCAGUAGUAUGUGCCAAUAAACAACAGAAAAGAAUGGUUCAAAGACCGUUUCUAUUGAUUGCAGAGCCUCCUUUACCAGAUCCGUUAAUAUGUCAUUGUCUCAUGGAAGAUCAAAAUGCACAGGUUGGUGGUGGUAAUAUUGAUAUGAAUACAUUAUGGGCAGAUGUGGCAUUCCCAAGACAGAUGACAAUGGUGAAUGUUUUGUUGAACUCUGCAUCCUAAGAUAUCUUUGCAUUGGGAUUACACUUUUCCACACAAGGAAAGCCAUAAACUGACAUGGAUAUCAAAUGAUGCUUCGCCUAGAAACAGUGUUUUGUAUUAUUUUUAAUAGGAUGAAAAUUUCUGUUGACAAAGUACUAUGAGAGGAAUAGGCUGGAUUUCGAGCCAGAAGGUUGUGUUCAGACCAGAUUUUCGCAUUUGAGAAGACUCAUUGAGCGAGAUUUAAAAUUCCAGCAGAAGAUAAUUUCCUUGAUUUCACAAAAUCAUUUGAUAGUGUCCACACAGAAGCCCUCUGGAAGAUCCUGAGACACUAAGGAAUUCCAGCAAGGAUUGUUAAUUUGGUAAAAGCUUUGUAUGCCAAGUCUGUGUGCUGCAUCAGGACAGAGAGCAGAGACCCACAAUGGUUUAAGAUUGUUACUGGCAUAACGCAAUCUUCUCCUACCUUGUAAUGAGAAAAGUGACCGUGGCUGCUGAGGAUAGUGAUGUUUUGUUUGAGCAAGAGAAAAGAUGCAAGAUUUAGAUUUUGCAGAUUAUAUAGUUGUAUAUGGGUUGUAUAUGUGUCUGGAUGUGGGCUUGAAUGGCAGAGUCAACCACCCAAAUCUCCCUCAUGUGAGAACUGGUGACACAAGAAGGAUGCUCUUUGGGGCAUCUGUUAUCUGGAAUUUAAAGCCAUGGAGUAUACAUUGAAGGAGUUGAUCCCUUCCCAGGAAAACAGAACUUCAUCAGCCAGACGGCUGUACCUUACAUUGUCAUAGAGUGAGACACACUGAGCUCCUGUCUUCGAUCAGAGCUUGUGAAGCAAAUUGAUGUCAGAGAUGACUAUCUGUUUUUGGAAGAAGUCUAUAUAGUCUCCCAGAGAAGAGGAAAGAAAAUCUCAACCCUUGUCUUCUAAAUCCUGACUCUUCCGUCUCUAUUCAGGACCACACACAGAGAGACUCUCUCUCUCUCCCUCCCCCUCCACUCCCAUCCAUGUAUCCAGAACUGAGCCUUGACCUAGUCAGAGUUCCAGCAGUGAAGGAGAGAGGUCGAUGGGAGGCAGUGCCGAGGAUGUCUCUACUCUUGGUGAAAACCACAAGGGAAAAGAAUCUCAUUAAUUCUUGGCCAGGGGACGAUAUGCAGCCUGAACACUCUAUGUACACACAGCACAUUCCCCAUCAUACAAUACAGCGUCUAAUUGCUGAAUGCUUCUAGGCUGAUGUUGAAAGCCUGCCAAGCUGCCAAUCACAAUCUAAAGUGUAAAACAGCUUGGAAAGCCCCUGUCAGUGAAGAAGAGUCAGUAUGGCAGAAGAUUGGAAUAUUGAGCAUAAUACAGAUCUGUCAGUCUAUCAUCACUGGAAGAAAGAAUAUCAUUUGAGUGUACACAAAGGGUCUAAGAUGCAACAGACAACUUCCAAACGGUGCCGUCAGGAGCCCCAGUCAUGGACUAGGAUCCCACUGUGCUAGGUGCUGUACAAACAUAGAACAAAAACAGGGUCCUGCCCCAACAAUCGAACUGUACAACAAGCAACAGCAGAUGGAUACAGACAGAUGGAGUGCAAAGAAACAAUCCAACAAUAUUGGUCAGCAAGGCAAUGGUAUCCGCACCGGGGCAGCCAAACCAUUGUCAAACUUUUUGUGGGCAUCACACCAAGGUCUCGGAGGGGAAUCGUAGCUGUUGAAGCUGGGAUUCACAAGACGGGGACUGAGGUGCUGCAUUGGAACAGGAGCACUGGAACCUGGGUCUCUCACCGCCCAGGUGAGUGCUGGGGCUGGUGACAAUUCAAUCGACUCCAUCAAUCAAAUCAGACAGAGUAAUCACUAGAGGUGAGUGAUGAACUAUCGAGGGGCUGUUUGGAAGGUGAGCCAUUACAUGCUGUACACCAACAAAGUGAAAAUGUAGCUGUUUAUAGUAUUAAUUUUGCCUCUUGCUGUAAUGUUCACUUAUUUAAAUGUAAGGAUUUGUUUAACUCAUUCAAGCAUAGACAGUGGCAUAAUAUUGUUGUAUACUGCAAUACUGAUGAAAGGUCCAUUCACUACUUCCGAAAUUAAUCAAAAUCCAGAGAUCCCAACUUCUAUUGGUACAUGCCUGUACAUAUGCAUGUUGAAUGGGCAGAAAUAAUGCACUGACCUGUAAUAUACCAUCUGCACUAACAAAACUUCCAUAUGCCCAGUCCUAAUUGCAGAAUGAUUAAAACCUGAGUGGGUCUUUCUUCUGUGGAUGGAAUAGAUCCCUAUUCUAGCCAUUUUACCAGGACCUCGAAGGGCUGUAAUAUGAUUUGGUAAAACAGUUAAAACGUAUCUUAGUACAAAGUAUAUUUUAAUCCUUUUAGGAUGAGCUACUAAAUCCAAAACCAUGGUAGAUUUAUUGGGACAUAUCUCGUCUUAGCGAGAGUUUGAAAUAAGGCCUUUGACAUCUUGCAAUGUCAUCCGUAUGGACAGAGUGUGCAAGACUAGACACAGGUUUUUGUUGAAACCAGAAAUAACUUUUAUAAGAUCAUAUAUAAUUAUACAUUGCGCUUACAUUAGUAAUUUACAUUUAAUUAUUUUAAAAGGUCAUAAGGCCUUUUGUCUUCUUCCCCUUUUUGAAAUUUUAAGGUUGUCUCCCUAGAACAACAAUCUAUUAAGUUUGCUUCUAACUUUCUUAAAUAUAAAGAUAAGUUUGUCAAAUUUAAAACUGAUCUCAAUGCUGAUAGUAAAGCUUU